AUGCGUGCCUCCAUCGCCCUCUCUGUUGUCCUCGUCGCUGCCUCCGCUGCGCCUGCUUUCGCCGCUCCCAUUCAAGCUGCACCUCAGCCUGAGGGUAGCGAGGCAAUUAACUGGGGCAAAAUUGCCAAUGUUGCCGGCAAAGUGAUCUCCUUCCUCAAGCGCGAAGACCCUCUCCUUGCCCGCGCCUUCGAGGUCGAGCUCGCGGCCCGUGCCGCGCCCCCUCCUGCCGACGGCAGCGAGGCUAUCAACUGGGGCAAGGUCGCUGGCGUUGCUGGCAAGGUUCUCAGCUUCCUCAAGCGUGAGGAUGACAUUCUCGCGCGGGAGUUCGAGGACAACCUGUUUGCGCGCGCAGAGCCUCCCGCAGACGGCAGCGAAGCUAUCAACUGGGGCAAGAUUGCCGGCGUCGCCGGUAAGGUCCUGUCCUUCCUGAAGCGCGAGGACGAACUCCUUGCUCGGGAGUUCGAGGAUGACCUCAUGGCUCGCGACUUCGACUACAACCUCAUGGCCCGUGACUACGACUACGACCUCAUGGCGCGUGCGGAGCCCCCUGCCGACGGCAGUGAGGCGAUCAACUGGGGCAAGAUUGCCGGUGUUGCUGGCAAAGUUCUCUCAUUCCUCAAGCGCGAGGACCCCAUUCUCGCCCGUCAGUUCGAGGACGAGUUGAUGGUUCGUGCCGCGCCUCCACCCGCUGACGGCAGUGAGGCCAUCAACUGGGGCAAGAUCGCCGGUGUCGCCGGCAAAGUCCUUUCCUUCCUCAAGCGCGAGGACGAGCUGCUCGCGCGCGAAUUCGAAGAUCACCUCGUCGCGCGUGCUGAGCCCCCCGCAGACGGCAGCGAAGCCAUCAACUGGGGCAAAAUUGCCGGCGUCGCAGGCAAGGUUUUGUCCUUCCUCAAGCGCGAGGACCCCAUGCUCGCACGUGCCUUCGAAGACGAGUUGGUUGCGCGCGCGGAGCCCGCCGCGACUGGCAGCGAAGCGCUCAACUGGGGCAAGGUUGCCAAUGUCGCCGGCAAGGUGCUCUCCUUCCUCAAGCGUGAGGACGAACUCCUCGCUCGCGAGUUCGAGGAUCACCUGAUGGCGCGCGCUGAGCCUCCCGCGGACGGCAGCGAAGCCAUCAACUGGGGCAAGAUUGCCAAUGUUGCCGGCAAAGUGAUCUCCUUCCUCAAGCGCGAAGACCCACUGCUCGCGCGUGCUUUCGAGGACGAGCUCUACGCUCGCGCCGCGCCUGAGGGUGCCGAGGGAAGCGAGGCUAUCAACUGGGGCAAGGUCGCAGGUGUCGCAGGGAAGGUGCUCAGCUUCCUCAAGCGUGACGACAUGGUAUUGGAUAUGCUUGACUAA